AUGCUUUUCUUCAAAAUCGUCAUUGCUGCUGUUCUAGCAGCCACAAUCUCCACCAGCCCGGUCCAAGAUGACCAACCUGUCACUCGUGAAGUCCUACAACGUCGAUUUGUAGAAUUCACUCCCAUCAUCAAACAGAGAUUACACCUCAAAACUCGUGACUCUGCUCCUGGACCUUCUCCUGGACCUGAUGACCCCCCAACCUGCCACCCAUGUGAUGACAGCCCCGGUUGUUGUUGA